UCUCCUGUCAUCUACUCUCUGUUCUUUCCCUCAAAACACAAAAACCUCGUAGUCUUUGAUCCAUAACCUAUCAUCUUCAGAAGGAAGAAGAUGAAGCACUCCAUGUUUGUUUCAAUUUCUUCCGUGCUAACCCUCUGCUACCCUCUUCUCUAAUUCACCAACCAACUGCCCAUCAUUUUCUAUCCACCAGCAGCCUCCAAACUCUGCUGCCGGCACCGCAAAGAACACCGCCUCCUUCAGAAACUUAGGUUGCCAUUGCAAUUGAUGAAAUGGAUAUUAAUGGGCAUGGUGAUGCUGUGGAGAACGUGGGAGAUGCUACAGAAAUACAAAUAUAGUGCUAAGAAUUUUGCACUCUAAAAAGCCUAUAGGUAAUCCACCAUUUCCGUCAUUUCCCACAAUGCCAUCUGUCAUACUUCUAUAGCGGAUUUUCGGCCCUCGGCCAUGAGCAUCCAUCCGCAAUAAAAAGCUAUGAAUCUGAGCAAUGUAUAGGCACGUAAUUAUUUGUGCUAAUAAAUUUUAAAAUAAAUGAGUUGGAAAAGAUGAUGGGUUACCUGAGGUUGCUUGGGUCUGCACCUUAGAAAUUGCAUGAAAUAGGGGAAAAUACACACUUAAUUGAGAUAAUUUGCAAAUCACUCUGAGGCUGCUUCCAAACUGCCAUCCGAAUGGCACCCAAAGAGCCACUGGUGAUCUCUAACAAGGACGAUAUGAGGAAAUGGUCAAGGGCCAUGAGAUGCCAGGGCAAGGUCAUCGGACUUGUGCCUACCAUGGGCUACCUUCAUGAGGGCCACCUUACUCUUGUCAGAGAAGCUCACAAGCAUGCCAAUGUUAUAGCUGUAUCAAUCUAUGUAAACCCGGGGCAAUUUUCACCAAAUGAAGACCUUUCCACAUACCCUUCUGACUUUGACGGUGAUAUCCGAAAGCUUAUGUCUGUUCCUGGUGGUGUUGAUGUUGUCUUCCAUCCCCACAAUUUGUAUGACUAUGGAAAUGAUAAGAGGAAUAGUAAUGUUGCAAUUGAGGGUGACAAAACGGUGUCUUGUGUUGAUCAAGGUGGAUUUGGGCAUGAAACUUGGGUCAGGGUUGAAAAUCUUCAAAAGGGUCUUUGUGGAAAUAGCAGACCUAUUUUUUUUAGAGGUGUUGCUACCAUUGUGACCAAGUUAUUUAAUAUAGUGGAGCCUGAUGUAGCUGUCUUUGGAAAAAAAGAUUAUCAGCAGUGGCGAAUUAUUCAAAGAAUGGUUCGAGAUCUUGAUUUUUCCAUUAAAAUUGUUGGUUCUGAAAUAACACGUGAGGAUGAUGGCUUGGCAAUGAGUUCGCGUAAUGUGCGCCUUUCUAUGAAAGACAGGCAAAAUGCACUAUCUAUAAAUAAAUCUUUGUUAAGAGCUAAAUCAGCAGCAGCAGAUGGUCAGGUGCAUUCUGAGAAGUUGAGAAACUUAGUGGUCCAAUGUAUUACUGAGGCUGGUGGACAGAUUGAUUAUGUUGAGAUUGUUGAUCAAGAGAAUUUGGAGAAAGUGGAGUUUAUCAAUGGCCCUGUUGUCUUGUGUGUUGCAGCAUGGUUUGGGAAAGUGAGACUUAUAGACAACAUGGAAAUUAACUUAAAAAUGGAUGUGAGGAAAUGAUAUAGUUAAGCUACCAUGUCUCAUCUUAGCUCAUGCACAAUGCAAUGAUACACCACCUUUUUUCCGACCUCUUUCUUGGUAUGAAUUACUCUUCAUUACUGGUAGGUUUAUUUUGUUAGUUGGCUGAUAAUAAUAGAACACACCGAUGGUUAUUCUCCAUGACAACAGUGUAAUAAAGUCAUAAACUAUAGAAAGAAAAAAAAAAUGAAAAAGUAUCGUUUGCAAAAGAGAAUUUGUAAAUGACAAUUGUCGGGAAUGUUAUACAAGUGUUUGACUUUUUGUUUUCUUUCUUUAAUGGGUAAGCUUUGUUUAUGCAAAAUUGUUUACAUACGUUUAGCACCUGAUAUCACAUGGCUACUAGGAUCAACAUACUUUUCUACGUUCGAUGCACACCUAUCAGGGCUGUUAAAUCGGGUCGAUCCGCCUAAUUUUAUUUUGUCAGAUGAAUUGGACAACUUUCAAUUCUAUGUAUUAUUACAGUAUAUUUACACUACAUAUUCAAGUAGAUUAGACAGCUCCCAGUUUUAGGCAUUACAUUUAUGUACUAUACACUCAUAUAAUACACUCACAUACACUACAUGAAUACACACUAUUAACAUGGUUCUAUAUUCCUCGAAGUGGAUUUGAAUCCGGUGCACAGGCCUCGGCUACAAUAUAUAAAUUGUCCGGCAAGACUUCAUUUAUAGUAUGGGCCAGUUUGAAAUCACUAG